AUGUCUGACCCGCUGUCGCCCAGAAACGGGGUGGCCUCACCGGGAACUCCGCGGCCAGAGCCGCAGACUCAGGGCGCGGCUGCCGCCUCGGUUUCCCCAUCGCGCGGGGAGCGGCCCCGCCACGUCCCCGCGGGCCACGCCUUCCCAGGGCCGCCUCCUCCCGAGUCCGCCGGGCCCGCUCUCACCUCCACGCCCCUAAAGCCCCGGAGCGCGGCCCGCGGGGUGGUCCGGGGCCAUUUCGACUCCGGACCCCACGCCUCCGUCCGUCCGGGCCGCUAA